AUGUUGUUGUACUCGUUCGUGUGGUCUGUACUGACCGCCAGUAUUGCUGUGGCGAAAACACACAAGUUAAACUAUACCGCUUCUUGGGUAAAAGCCAAUCCUGAUGGCCUGCAUGAAAAGAGGAUGAUUGGUUUCAACGGCGAAUGGCCACUUCCAGAUAUCCAUGUUGAAAAAGGAGAUCGUGUUGAACUUUAUUUGACUAACGGCUUUCAAGAUGACACCGCUACUUCUUUACAUUUUCAUGGUCUUUUCCAGAACACCAGUUUGGGGAACCAGCUUCAAAUGGAUGGUCCUUCUAUGGUGACACAAUGUCCCAUCGUUCCUGGGCAGACAUAUCUAUACAACUUCACCGUUCCGGAGCAGGUGGGGACGUUCUGGUAUCAUGCACAUAUGGGUGCCCAGUACGGUGACGGUAUGAGGGGUGCAUUUAUCAUCCACGAUCCGGAAGAGCCCUUCGAAUACGAUCAUGAAAGGGUCAUCACUUUAUCAGAUCAUUAUCACGAAAAUUAUGAAGUAGUUACAAAAGAAUUUCUCUCAAGAUAUAAUCCGACCGGUGCUGAACCUAUUCCUCAAAAUAUUCUCUUCAAUAAUACUAUGAAUGUAACGUUAGAUUUUACACCUGGCGAAACAUAUCUGUUCAGGUUCUUGAACAUGGGGCUGUUUGUAUCCCAGUAUAUCAUCCUUGAGGACCAUGAAAUGAGUAUAGUAGAGGUGGACGGAGUUUACGUAAGGCCAAAUGUCACUGAUUCGAUAUACCUUUCAGCGGGGCAAAGAAUGAGUGUGUUGAUCAAAGCUAAGGAUAAAAUGCCCACAAGAAACUACGCUAUGAUGCAAAUAAUGGAUGAAACAAUGCUUGAUGUUGUACCGCCCGAACUACAACUUAACCAAACUAUCCAAAUGAGGUAUGGUCACUCGUUGCCUGAGGCACGUGCAUUGAACAUUGAAGAUUGUGACUUGGACCGUGCCACAAAUGAUUUUUACCUCGAACCUUUGAUUGAAAGAGAUUUGCUUUCUCACUAUGACCACCAAAUCGUGAUGGACGUAAGAAUGGUUAACUUGGGUGAUGGUGUGAAGUACGCAUUUUUCAAUAAUAUCAGUUAUGUCACACCAAGGGUGCCUACUUUGACAACAUUACUCACCUCAGGAAGGCUUGCGUCGGAUUCUAGAAUUUAUGGUGAUAACAUCAAUGCACAGCUAUUGAAACAUAAUGAUAUCAUAGAGGUUGUUCUAAAUAAUUAUGAUUCUGGUAGACACCCAUUUCAUUUGCACGGUCAUAAUUUCCAAAUAGUUCAAAAGUCGCCAGGAUUCCAUGUUGGUGAAGGUUAUGACGAAUCUGAGCAAGAUCAAAUGACCGUUCCUUAUAACGAAUCUGCGCCAUUACAACCUUUCCCUGAGAGGCCCAUGGUGAGAGAUACUGUUGUUCUUGAACCUAGUGGCCACGUCGUCCUUAGAUUUAGAGCUGACAAUCCUGGUGUCUGGUAUUUCCACUGUCAUGUAGAUUGGCACUUACAGCAAGGUUUAGCCUCAGUCUUCAUUGAGGCACCCACUGUACUUCAGGAAAGGGAAAAGCUUAAUGAGAAUUAUCUGGAUAUAUGUAAGGCUGCCAGUAUUCCGGUCGCUGGUAAUGCUGCAGGCCAUUCGAAUGAUUGGUUUGACCUGAAAGGAUUACCAAGGCAGCCUGAGCCACUACCCAAGGGAUUUACCGCUGAAGGAUAUUUGGCAUUAAUUGUCUCUACUAUUAUUGGUAUCUGGGGCCUAUAUUCCAUUGCUCGAUAUGGUAUUGGUGAGGUUAUCCCCAAUGAUGAGAAGGUUUACCAUACGUUAAGGGAAAUCUUGGCUGAAAGUGACAUAGAGGUUUCUCGUAGCUAA